UGACAGGCAUCAUUUUCUACUAUUAGUAGAGCAGACGUCAGAGGCAAUGGACCCCCGCGGUAAGGCGCUAAAUAAUGCACCCAAACGCUCCCGAAUGUUGAUCUGCAAGGCUCGGACGGGAUGCCUUACUUGCAAGACAAGGAGAGUCAAAUGCGACGAGCAAAAGCCGGUCUGCAACAGAUGCAUUUCGGCAAAACGCCAUUGCGCUGGCUACCAGAAGCCCCAGGAUAAUCACCCAAAGCCAUUCCACAUAACGUACUAUGUGUCAGACCUCAUUUCCUCCACAGGGGCUUUGCACCGCCCAUUAGAAGAUCUUCGAGAUCAGCGUGCACUCGAGUCUUUUUACCUAUGGGGGAAGGCUUGCUUCCCCGAUGAUCUAAUGGAGCCAUUCACACACGAUGAUAUACUCCGAGAACCUGCCUUAAGGCAUGCAAUGAUCGCGAUGGGAAGGUUAUACGAGAUAUAUCGCGAUGGUGCGGUGCGCGCUUCCAACCCCGAGUUAAACGUAUACGCAAUGCAACACUAUGGUAAGGCACUACGUGGGCUUGUUCUGCGCAAUCUAGAAACCGCUGGUGAACCAAGCCCUAUUUUCCUGAUAGCCUGUUUUCUGUUUGUUUGUCUAGAGACCUCCCAAGGACACACUGAGGCCGCGCUACGUCACCUACAGUCUGGAUACAAGCUAUUCCAAGAGGCAAGACGGUCUGGAAAGCUAUUAAAACAGUGUGAGCCUAUCUUCCGCUGGCUCUUCACUCGACUGAUGUGCCAAAUGACACAUUUUGACCCCAAUGAUUGCGCACGGUUUUUCGGGCUCAAUGGGAGUCAAUCAAAACCCCUGGAUACUUUCACCCAUCUCGAAGAUGCUCGCACACACUUGGGCAAUUUAAUGCAGAAGAUGAUUCACAGAAGGUAUCUUGCAACGCUAAUCAAAGUUUCCCCUGGUCCCAACAAGCAGGUGUUUGUGGCAGAUCAGACAAAGCGCUUGUUGGCACAGGAAUUGGCUGAGCUGGACACUUGGAUCCUGGCAUUCAACCACUAUCUUAGCUUUGACAUCUCAACUCAUGACACCGGCGACUACUAUGUCCUAGCUACCUGCAGCUUUCUUUUGAAAUUCCGUCUCAUGGCGGAGUCUCGGAAUAUCGGAAAGCAUGACGAGAACGGCUCUCUGGAUUUCAAACACAUUUUGGACCUUGGGCAUACCCUGCUGAGUGAUGGCCACAUUGCUGGCAGCCUGUCCCGAUCACCUACAGGGAGCAACUGCCGGCCCGAGACUGAUUUUCACGGAAACCAAAUGCUCGAGACCGAAGUUGCCACUUCUAUGGCAUUAAUGCAGACAAAUGCACCCACAGAUCCCCACUUCCUAUUUCUCGGCAUUAUGUCUGCUUUGUCUGUUGCUUCCGCCCAUGCCCCCGACCAGGCUGUUCGUCAACAGGCACAGCAAAUAGUUCGAACUAUUUGCGAGUCCCGAAUGGAUCGGGACUCCGGGUUGGCCGUCUACCUUACCAGUUGCCUCUCCCAUACAAGAAGCCCGGGGUGUCAUGAUGAUAGAACUUUGUAUGGGGAUUUCUCUGUACCUGAGGCUUCCUAUUCCCAAGAAUCACGCCGACUUAUAGAGUUGCUGGGUGAUUUCGGACAGGUCUGA